CUGUCAUUGAACGUUUCUCAAUAAGUGUUGUUCUUCAAAAACAACCUUUACUUUCCUUCAGUUGAUAACCAUUUAGUCAACAUAUUCAGCUGUAGACCAUGAAAGAGUGGCUUCUUUCUCUUUUGCUAGUGAUUUGCUUGUGGAGAGACAUUUAUAGUGCGAAAAACAGCACCUUUUUGUCAACGACACCUGUACCUUCUUCACAAAGCACAUUUGCUCCGUCGACGACACACGCUAAUAGAACAUCAACAACUGUAGCUCCGACCACUAUUCCUCAAUUUACGUGUACUCAAGGGAAUGCGUCUUGCGGUGAAUGUGUCAAAGAUAUAAAAUGUUUUUGGUGUAGUGCGGACCACUCUUGUAAACAGUACCCGGCAAGCAAGAUAAUUCCCCGAGAUUGUGAAGGCAAUGACUGGUAUUGGAAGCAAUGCUUUGCUGCAGGUAACCUAUUUAUUUCAAAUUGAAAUUGUUCCACUAAAACUAUAACAGUGCGAUAUCGAUUAUAAAUGUGGUUUAACGGGAAAGUUUCUCAAGAAACAAGACAUGAGACACUUUAUAACGCACUUUAUAAUUCCUUUAAAAUAUUUCCCCCUUUCUGAUCUGACUGGCUUUCAUCCCCCGGCUAGAUCUAACAAAUUGCCAGUUGGCGCUUACCAAAUUUUGAAGAUGUUUGGCAUGUUACUAUUCCAUCCAUGAUGUCAGUAAGUGGCGUCAAUUAUGGUGUAAUUAACAGUUGUUUAAUGAGAAUGAUGUGAAGAAUUAUGCAGACCGAGGCCGAUGGCUGAGGUAGAUAACAUCCUCCGAGAAAAAGAAGAAAACAUGAGAGAAAGGAGUAAAAUAUUCUCUAUAUUCUCUAUUCCCAGCUGGUCAUCAAUCUGGUUUCCUACCCAGUCCAGUGGGGCUUAAAUUGAGUGGCACAUUAGCCUGUGAGCAAGCUCUUCAUUUAGGGUAGUCGCGAGUAGUCAUGCAAGAGCCGCACAAGAAAAGAGACGUGAGUGCUUGGGACGGGAAAAGAAUUUCUUACCCCUUUGCACAGCUCCACCGCUCAUUGGCACGUUCUCUUGCGGCUUGCUUUGCUUGCCAUAUUGGAGAGCUUGCUCGCAGGCUACUGGCGCACUGAGUUUUGUUCCUCACUUUGCAACGGGUUAUGAGAUAGGUAUUUCUAGUCUAGCAGAUACUCCUUAAGAAGUAGAUAACAUCCACAGAGCAACGUGUUUUGCGUAUUCUUGCAUUUCUCGCAUCCAAUUUCAGUCAAGAAUUCAGCUAUUUCGUCUUUCGGAUAGUUGUAAACUCCAUUUUUUAGUUCACUACUAGCAGCCCUUUUUCCAUUCAAAUAUCAAUGGAUGAACCUCAUUUACAGUGAAAUACACCAUCCAAUAUUAUUGUGGUAUAUUGCUUGCAUCCCCAAGUAUGGUAAGCGCCAGUUAUAUGACAAGUUAACCGAGGAAUUGGAGCCUAUCAGAAAUGGCAAAAUAUUUUGAAUGAGUAAUUAUGGCAAAUAUAUCCACGAUUGAUCUCGUAAACAGUGCUGCAGCAGUUUAACUGUUUUGGUAGUUCAUUCCUUUUGCAAAUUUUAUGGUCGCAAAACACAGUUUAGAAAUGCAGGGCUUGAUUUGAUUGUCAUAGAGAAUAUUAAAUCCAACCAUGAUGUGGAUGGAAUGCUUGCUCUAUCCAAAGGACCUUGUCUUGGUCCUGAGGCCUAUCCCUAGAUAGGAUCAAUUUAACCACCUACCGCUCCCUAAGUCAACAUUAACACUUACUUCUUGCUUAGGGCAAAAUUGUGACUCAGGGGAGGGGUAGGUGGUCAGUUAUCCAGAAACCUCAAUUGAUCACCUAGAUUUGCUCCUGCAAGUGGCUAGCACUCAAAACAUCACCUCCUCUACUGCCGCCUGGUUAGCUCAGUUGGGAGAGUGCCGGUCUGCUGAAUGGGAGGUCACAGGUUCGAACCCAACACUCAGGGUCUUAGCCUGCAAACGACAGACAUUUCUCCUCGCUCAUCGCUGCUGAGGGACGUUUCGUGAGGAGGAACGUCUGCAACUCAGUGGCAGAAAUUCCAUACUGAUGACGUAAAUCAAUGUUUACAUAAAUAAAUUCAGUAGUCAUGGGGUUCCAAAUGCAAAUUUGUUCAAUUUUACGUUUCUCCUGGUCGAUUUUGGUGAAGUGUUGUGUUCAUCUCAUUCUGCGAAUGAGCUGGAGCAAAACUCAAAUGCUACUUUUAGAGAAGACUAUAUUCCACAAAUAUUGACUGUUUUGUUAGAGAUUCAUCGCGUUUACAUUUGACCUUUGCGGCCUUUUGUCUUUUGUCUGUCAUUUGUAAACAAUAGCUAAAACAAUGAAUCUACUCGGGCGACCAAUCAGCGCUUCUGACCGGAUUCCGGACAGAUUUUGCGUCAUCAGUAUGGAAUUUCUGUUGCUGAGUCGCAGACGUUCCUCCUCGCGAAACGUUCCUCAGCGGCAAAGAGCGAGGAGAAACGUCUGCUGUUCGCAGGCUAUCAGGGUCUUUAAAUAACUGAAAACAAAGUGCUGCCUUUGUAAUGACAUCUGCAAACUGUUAGACUUUCUAGUCUCCUUGGAUAAGGAUGAAAAACUGUAGGCCCUGUCUCACAGCACUUACACUUACCUGGUUCUUGUGGGAUGUAAAAGAACCCACACCACUGUUCGAAAAGAGUAGGGGAGGUAGACCCCAGUGUUGUGGUCAACCUUCACUCAUCACAUCAUUUACAUCAUGGGUUGGGUGGGUGCAGUAAGCUCACAAAUGGACUGACAGCGGCUGCCAGUGGCGCCUUUGUAUGCUGACGUCUGAGCUUACUGUUCACAUGUUAAAAUGUAUUGUAAGAGGGCACGUCUGUUGUCCUCUCAUCCACGACUCUUCUCUUUUCUCUCUCUCUUCUCUCUAACCUCUUCAUUCCUCACUUUUGUUGUCAUAGGUAGUAUCCUUAUCUACGUAAUUCCCAGUGUGUGUUUUGUUGUUCUGGUUAUUAUCGGAUGCUGUGUGUACUGUCUCUGCUGCCGAAAACGCAAACAGAAAAGCUAUGAAAGAGAAGACAGAAAAAUGCAGAGAAGACGCGAGGAAAUAAAGCAGCGACAUGCUGAGAGAAGGGCGGAGCGAAAGAUGAGAACGGAUGCAAUCAGACAGAAAUAUGGAUUGCUAGCUAAUGAGGAUGAUGCUGAAGUUGCUUGAACUGACUUGAAGUACUGAUUCCAACAUUUUUUUAUUAUUUAUUUUGUUAUGCAUGCUCUCAGUAUAAUUUAUGAAAAUCACUGUCAGCAGAUUUUCUAAAUAUGUGACAGAGUCAGUUUUGUUGGGCACUGAAGGGUUGUAAGGCUUAGUCAUU